AUGCAGAAGUUGGUAAAGAAGCGGGCAAUGUUGCAGGCGAAGGCAGAUCGUCAGGAGGAACUUGAGGCCCUGAUGCUGGAUGUUGCACAGGUCGGGCGCGAGAUCGAGAAUAAAGAUGCGGAAAUGAAGGAGACGGCGCGCGAGUUCAAAGAACUGACUGAGGACAAGGCAACAACGGCCUUUGGUCAGAUGGAGCAGGUUCUGGCUGAAGCGGGCCACGAACUCGCCGAGGGAACGAAGGCCAAAUUGAAAGCAGCUCUCUUGACCACGACGGCUGAGGAUGAGAUUGGCCCAGAUCCCUUUUUGAGCCGAUUCGACAGCAGAGAGCCGUUUCCACAGGAGCUGGCAGGGAUCAAUCAAGGAUCCACGGUCUGGCCGGCCUCGUAUGGCCCAGCUCGGGGAACCCCGGCCAUAGCUAGAGCGACUCCACUGAACCCACCGUCCCGAAAGGACGAGAUCCCCGCCAGAGUAGGUUGGGAGGCACAAAGGGCAAGGUCGGAGGCGCUUUACCCCGGGAGCCGGAGACGAUGGGUGGCGCACUGUAGGUGCCUUGAAGGAUGUCCCGGACAGUGGUUCAACUUCGCGGGUCUGGAGGGCCAGGUCGUGGCCUGGCAGGCUCUCUUGAGCCUUACCCAAUCUGCUCUCGUGUCUGAGACGCCCAGUGAACCGGAUAUUUUAAGUUUGGUGGAACAGUUGGAGCACACUUUGGAUGAUGGCAGCUUGGAACAUUGGGUGUGUCAUCACAUCUUGGAUGCCUUAUCGUCCCCUCUUUUCUCCCGCGAGAUGUGGUAUGUGGCAGUGCAGGCUGUGCAGGAAGUGCUGAACACCAGUGACCCGGGUGUUAGUCGUAAACUUACCUGCAUCACUGCCAAUGUUACACAGUGGCGAAAAGAGGUGGCCACCUGGCUGUUCGAGCUGGGACCUGAUGUGGCAGCUGUGCAGGAAACACAUCUGGACCAAACUGAGAUUCGUCAGGUGCAGAUCGAGGCCGGUAAAGCUGGCUACCAGUUUCAGGCCCUGCCGGCAGGGCAAGGGAAAGGAGUGGGCACUCUGGGAAGGGUUGCAAUCCUGACAAAAAACCACCUAGGUGCGAGGCUGGUUGACUCCUUUGUCACCAAGGAAGGCUGUGGCUGGAUAGCGGUGGCUUUGAGAGUGCAUGGUCGGGACCUCAUCCUUUUCUCCUUGUAUCUGCAAUCCGGAGUAGGGCCAACAGGAGGCUGCAACCCAGAGGUUCUUGCGAAUCUCGCUAGCACCUUGUCCCAGCUCCAAGGAGUUUGGGUCGUGAUGGGUGAUUUUAAUCACCCACGACUGGAGAUGGCCAACCUCGGGUUGGUCACUCAGGUGCUGGUGGGGCCGGGAUGCCCCACGGCUGGAGGUGAGAAUGAGUUGGAUUAUGCCAUGGUGCACUCCGCGCUGGAAGGAUCCUUGGAAGCCUCCUUUUCGAUGGAGGUCUCAGUGGCUUGGUAUCCCAACUUAAACUGUUCCCAGUUGAGCCGGAACUGGGUUGCUUCUGACCCUUACUCUCUGGAGCUGGGGGAAAUCUACCGUAGAUGUGAGCAGGAGGGUCUGGAGAGGGAAGGAGGUGGUCCUUUGGCAACGUUGGAAGGCAAAAAGAAAGGAGGCUGUGAUGGGUGGAGCUAUGCUGCUCUACGCCUGGUGGCGCUCCUGCCCAAAGACGAGCAUAAAGAGCGACUGAUUUCCUUAACACCAGUGAUCACGCUUAUGACUCAGCAGUCCCAGGAGGUCGUUCCUUGGACGUCGCGCUUAGACGCCUCCUACGUGCUGGCUUCUACGACGGCAUACGCUGGCAACGUGUGCUUGAGCAAGGCUUGA